AUGAGCGGCGGGCGUAGCGGGCGAUCCGCCGUGAAGAUGGAGGCGCCGUUUUACCCCGAGGAAGGACUGGAGCUGCUGCCCGACUUCGUGCCGCUGCCGGGUUUCGGUACCGCCGGCGGACCUGGAGCCGAUGCGGCGGCGGCGGGGCAGAAGCUGCUGCUGGGCGCCGGGAAGAAGCGAGACCUGUCGGCCGCCGCCCCCGCGCCACUCCCGGGGCCCUUCACCCUUCGCCCGCCCGCUGGCGCCCGCGGCAGCGCGGCCGCUCUUCGCCUGCUGCCGCCGCCGCCCGCCGCCGCCGCCGCCCCGCCGCCCACCGCGGGCUCCGCGGAGCCGGGGAGCGGCGGCGGGGCGGCGGCGGCCCGCGGCGGCCCGGAGGCCGCGCUGGGGUCGGCUGCGGAGCUGCCGCUGCUGAAGCUGCCGCCGGCCGCCGACCUGGAGCAGUUGCUGAUCCAGGGGGGCGCGGGCCUGGGCGCGGGCAGCCCGGGGCCAGCGGCGCCCGGGGCGGGGAGCGGCGGGGCGGCGGCGGCGGGGCCGUUCCUCUACCGGCAGCCGGUGACGCAGGAGCAGGAGGGUUUCGCCGACGGCUUCGUCAAGGCCCUGGCCGACCUGCACAAGCAGAACCAGCUCCUGGCGCCGCCGCCACCGCUCUCCGCACCGGGACCCUGCUGCACCGCCCGCCCGGGGCCGCCGGGAGCCCCCGCCGCUGCCGCCGCCGACCCUCCGGCCGUCUACACCAACUUGAGCGGCUUCAACCCCGCGGGGCCGCUGAGCCCCUCGGGCAGCGCCUACCCCGCCGCCUCCGCCCCGCCGCCGCCGCCGCCGGGCCUGGCCUUCGGCGCGGCGGGUCUGGGGAGCGGGCGGCUGCCGCCGGCGCGGUCCCUGGAGGAGCCGCAGACGGUGCCCGAGGUGCCGCCGUCGGCGGGCGGGGAGGGCGGUAGCAGCGCGCCGACGCCGCCGUCGCUGUCGCCGCUGGACGCGGAGAGCCAGGAGCGGCUGAAAGCAGAGCGCAAGCGGCUGCGGAACCGCAUCGCCGCCUCCAAGUGCCGCCGGCGGAAGCUGGAGCGCAUCGCCCGGCUGGAGGAGAAGGUGAAGGCGCUCAAGGGGCAGAACGCCGAGCUGGCCGCCACCGCCAACCUCCUCCGCGCCCAGGUCACCCAGCUGCAGGGCCGCGUCCGCAGCCACCUCUCCUCGGGCUGCCACAUCAACGCCGCCGGGCAUCCUCCUCCUCAUGCCGCCGCCCAGCCCAGGGAGGCUCCCCCCGAGGCGGCCGUCGCCGCGCCGGAGACCAGCGCCUGCUGAGGAGGGACACCCCGCCGGCCCCGGCCCCAUCCCGCCCGGGGGCACCGCGGGGCCAAGGGGACAUGAGUUCUUGUGCUGGAGUUCUGCUUUGGGUGGUAUCCUCUCAAGUCAGUGAGGACUAACUGAAGAAACAGCAAAUCCAACCUUUAUGAACUAAUUCUUCUGAAGCACACAGACACCUGCAAACACAUGUCAAGACGUUGUGCAUGGAUACCAGCAUGCAUAGAGAAGGGCAUGGCCACAUAAAGGAACUGUGAUUUUCCUUAGCUGCAGCAGUACACGAUGGGGUUUUUCAUAUUCUUUUGUUGUGGUCGAGUUGUUCCAGAAGAAAACUAAGCUGCAUUUCUGUCUGUGACUACAAUGUGAUUUUUUUUUUUUUAGAUUUCCAGUCAUAUCAGAGGACUGUCAAAUCUUGCCAUGCUAAGUUAACACAAGAAGACAAUUUUGAAGUCACAUUUAGCCUUAAUGUUUUCUGAAGUGCUGCAGUUUGUGUGUAGUAGUUUACUGUAAAGUGAAGGGAUGGUUAUUAUAAAUAACGUUUGUAAGGGAGUCGCCCUGAAAAAUUACCUAUCUGCCAUUUGCUUUUUUGUGCACUAUUAAAAAGUCUGUAUCCGUAGUGUAGCUAGCUGUAAAUUGAGUUUUGCUCUGAGUUUCUAGUACUAGUAACAAACAUAGUCUGCAAUAGUUUAAGGAGUAUAUAUUCUGGCUAAAUGGCUUUUCUGAAAGAAUUAUAGUUUCUGUAGGAAUGCUUUGAAGUGAUGGUUGGGUAUGAAGCCUUGCUAACAUGGAGAUAAUAGAUAUGACCAGUUCACUGUGCACUAAUACACUGCUGGAUUCUGAUAUUUAGCACACUGCUGAUAAGAUUUACUACUACUGUUACUUACUGGUUAAGACCUAGUUAUGGGUGGAAUUGUAAGCCACCUAAAUAAGGUCCAUACAGUCCGGAGAGCUGUGUCACUGGAGAUCAGUAACAGACCCUCCAUCCCAUCCCAAGGGAAAAAAAAAAGUCUUUGGUUGCAGUCUGUUUGUUUUGGUUUUGCAAGUUCAGUUACUUUUUCUAGAUUAAGUCCUACUUUACUCUUCCCUCAAAAUCUUUUAAAAUAAAUUUUAAAACCUUUCUGCUUAGUACCUUGAAGCAUCUCUUGCAACUGUUCCAUUACAUUCAGUGGCAACUGUGCAAUUGUGGUAUUACUUCUGUGAUAGAUGGAAAAAGCUGAAGCUGUUAACAGUCAGGCUUCUCACUGUAUCCUUGUUCUUAGACAGUGGACUGCACAUAUAAAAAUCAUGACCAGUAACUUGAACUCUGAGGAGCUGUUUGGUAUAAUUUUCUUGUGCUCUUCAGAAAGUGUCCCGCUGCCCUGAGGGAUGUGUGUCCCUCCUGCCUCAUAUGGAAAAUUGACCUUUGAAAAUUAACCGUCUUGAAAAUAAAUAAAUAAACAAACAAAUAAAUAAACAAAUGACUUCUGGUACAUGCUGAGCAGUUUGAAAGAUAACACAUUGAGCUUGACAAUCUUUCCCACAUGUCUCUUUCAUAAAUUUCCUGAUUUUCUUGUAAUGCAGGACACAAGCAAUGAGGUGGCAUAGAAUAAAGUUAGUGCACUGUUCCAGAGAAUGUGUUUAAGAUACCCUCCUUUUUCCGUAGUAACUGCUAUGGAAAGAUAGCAGUAGAAGAUACUGAAAUAAAAUUUGCCCUUCUUUAUGAGUAGGUUGAACUCAGAGUUCAGAGGUUGAACUCUUGUUUUUUUCCAACUCUUACCAUUCUGUCUUUUAAUAUUCUUAUUGGUAGGGUGACAGAAAUAGCGAGAAAAUGCUAACCAAUAAUUGGGAAAUUAAAUAUUCUUGUUAUAUUUAAUAAGCUAUGCCAUUAGUAGGUAGGACACCUAUUUACAAGUCUGCUAGAUGACGCCUUCAGAAUUGAGAAUUCCUAAAAUACAGCCUAAGUGUCAUUAGCAGUCCAAACCAUUUUCUGCCAGUUACUAGAAUAGUAUUGUAAAUCUUUGUGAUUUUUGAAAGUCUUUGUGUACACCCUAGUGAAAUCACAGCACAAGUUGAUAUGUCUGUGGUAUUUCUGUGGUAUGAUAUCACUUUCCCAGCAGGCCAAAAGUGUCUAAUAAAGUUUACUUCUUUAUUCCUUUCCCUACUGAUAAUAGUUAGAGAUGCUAGUUGGAGGAAUCAACAACAGUAAGGAAAAAAAAAAAGGAAUCCAAGGAAGAAAUAGUAUUUAUCUCUGAAACAGUAUAUAAUGGUAAUACUUAUUGUAUGUUUAAGUGUCAGAUAAUUAAGCUUGCUCUUCAGAAUGCUUUUUAAGUUACUUUGUUUAGUUAUUAGAGCUUAAGUUACUUAUCUUCUUUGCAAACUGUGCCCCUCCCUGUUUGGCCUGGUGACUGGUGAUUUCACACUUAGCCUUAUUUGUUUAAAGCCAUAGCAACAACCAUGCUGAAAUGUCAUCAAGUAAAGCCCAGGUCUGAAUGCUGACUGAUGAUGCAAAGCUCUGCUCUCUAAUAAAAUGCGGCCCGUGAAGGACGAGCUCCAAAAGGCAGCUACGCCCUGUCUUCAAGCAUUUGCUCUAAUUUCAAGGCUUUGCCAUGUGGUGUUGCUCAACGUGUAGCAAAACAAGUUCUUGCAAGCCCCUUGAGCAUUCCUCCGAAUGUAACAGAUUAGAUAUUCAGGCUUCGUUAACUCUCCCGCCCCCCCUUCCCCCCCGCCCUCCACAUCCUUCCUUCUCCCCACCUCCCCGAGGAAAAAAAAAAACCAACAGGACCAAACCGAAACAAAGGGAAAAAAAAAAACCAAACCCACCAAAACAAACCUAAACCUGGAAGGAAGGGCCCAACACAGGUAAAUCUUGGAGAAUUGUUUUGCUUUGUUGCAAAGUGCUGUUAAUUACAGAGACGCUUAGCGCAGUUCUAACAUCUGAGCCGUCAAUCCAAACACUGAUUUUGCUUUGGUUGCACUUUGCUACUUUGUGCGGUACAAAGGGAAGUGGAUAAGUGUUGCAAUAUGGUAUUGUGCAAUUCCUGCCUUUUAAAUAGAGAAUGAUCGGCAACUCUGCAUAGGCCUCUCACCCACCAAAAUUUGGCCACUGAUUUUUGCCACUCCCACUCUUUUUAAUCAGGGAUGGGUUUACUGGCUUCUUAAGGUCACAAGGAGAGGAGGGUAGAGAUGUUAAGAGGGGGCAGUAUCAGGGCUAUCCUGCUGUGAAAGGUCCUGAGCCUCCUGGGCCUUAAAACUCAGAUCUGUUUGAUUAGCUCCAGUUUAUUAUGUCUGGAGGUAAUUUUUAGGCUGACUAUGUAGGGACUUACCAGGAAAGGUGGCUGGGUUUGUAUUGCUGAAUAAGUCUUUGGUGAAGUAGCUUUUCAGCUUUCUGUGUUUUUCCAUCUGUGGAGUACAACAUCCUUCCAGGGCAGUUUCUCUGUUCUGGAGUGGCUCGUAUAAAGCUGGCUUGUUGUUCCUGCAGUUUCUGCCUAGACUGAAAAAUCUCUCUGAGGUUUAGGAGACUGCACAUGUGCCCUUGCUGUGUGGUGUUCGAGAUGGCAUGUUUGUAUGACUCAAAAUAGAACCCCUAAAAAAGGAGGAGCUCUGGUUAGGUACAACCUGAAAUCCAUCCUUCUUUGAGCAGUGUGUCUUUCUGCUCAGUUGCACAGAGCAACUAACUCCCAUGAGAUAAAGGAGGAGAGAGCUCUUGGGCAGUGACCCAGCUUCGAAAAUGCUUGGUGUUUUCUGGUUCUUGCUGACCUUCCAUGAUGCAGAAAACACUUAAUGAUCUGCAGUACUAUAAUCACAACACCUUGCAAUAUCGUGAGCUGGGGCUGCUGCUAGUAUCGUGCAAGUUCUGUCGUCCUCACUGGGAUUUGUGCCACAUGGUAAUUAACAGACCAAGUGAUUUCCUGAAAACGCAAAGAGGCCCCUCCCUGCUGCAUCACGACAAUCAUCUCCAAGCUCUCUUUUUGUCCAAAAGGAGAAGUGUGAGCAAACUGCCACUUCCUACAGCUCUUCUAUCCAAACUGGUUCUUCAUAGUGGCACGAAGGCGUGGCGCUGAAACUUUCUUCUCCAGGGUAGCUGUUCAAAAUGAAAGGUGGAGGCAGAGCAGUUCAGAUUUGGCUUUGCUCUUCCAGCAGCUUACUUGCUGGAAGUUGUGGGGUGGGUGUCUGCCUGCAUCUUCUCCUGGGUUUUUGCAAGUUGGGUUUAUGUGAACCUUCUUAUUCUGCCUUAUUAAAUUAGCUGGCACAGAGGAAGCCUCUGAGAAACCCAUUAAAAAUCUCUGCUUUUGGAAGAAUAUUAUAAGAUUACAGCAUGUGAAUAGAUUUAAAAGACCAACCAACCAACCAAAAACCACAAAAGCAACCCAAAACAGACAGCAAAUAACAAAUAACCUUCAUUCGGAUACAAUAGAUCUUUUUAUACCUGAUUAAUUUUGGGAAGUCUUCAGGCAGGUGUGCUAGCAAGGACAUUGCACACAGUUGGAGACGAUAGUGAAACAAAAUUUAGUAGCUAUUCAUUUGCUGGAUUUGGUCAGGAGAGAUUUUCCAGAACACUUCUGAGACCUUUUUUUCUGAUGUGGUGAUUUUUUUUUUUAAAUGUAAAAAAGCUACAGGGCUUAAGAGUAUACAACUGAGGAUUAUGUCCAUAGUAAUUUUUUUACGUUACUUUUGCAAACUGUGUAGUAUUAUAUUAAAAAUACUUAUUUCUGAGACAAAGUGGACAAUAUUGGCAUCUUGCACUUGUUUAAAUGUAAAACUUUUUCUUAAUUUAGUGAUGUGCUUAGGAGAAUACUGUAACUUACUGAAUAUACAACGAUGAUAACUGUGUUUACAAUAAUUUUUAAAUUCCUACUGUUCAGUGGUAGCCAACUUGUUUAGGAAUUAAAAGUAAGGCAUACUGCAAUUGGCAAUCUUGGAAAAAUUAACUCAAUGCUGCUACCACUAAAUACUGUGGGAUGGAUAACGUGGGUUUAAAUGGCAGGAGGAUUGUAUUCCAAGCCUCUGUCUUAAGUACUUACGACUAAAAGGCGACUUGCCUUGUGCUCCUUUAUGUAUCCCUGUGUGUAGUACAUCAGUUAGAAAUCUGUUAAUGAUUGAUUUGUAACGUUAGAACCUUUAUGGAGAUCACAGUAGGGGUUUUGUUUGUUUUUGUUUGUGAACAGACACUUAGACAUUUUGGAAUGUAUAACAUUGAUCCUUGUGCUGGAAUUGUUUACAUGCAAAAGGUAUUUAUGAUUUUUUGCAAACUGCAAUGUGCAAUUUUGUACAUGUGUUUUAAACUAAAGAGUUUAUAAGGAAGAUAUUGUAUGUACAGUACUUGGACAUGAGUAUUAUUUCUUUGAUAUAAAUAUCUAGAGGAAAAUUAAAAUUGCUUUAUAUUCAUA